CUUGUUCUUCCUCCCCUCAGCCUCUUUCUUCCUUCCUAUUCUAUCCUCCUUGCUCCUCUCCUUCGACUCUCCCAACCCACCUCCCGACCGCAUUUGGCGGGAUCGCUCUUCUGUGUGUUCCCCCACCUGAUCCGCAUCCCUCGCUUUUCGACUUUUUGCCGCGUCGACUUCCACCAACUGAGUAGGCGCUAAGACCCGCACAACUCAGCAUCCUGGCGCGUGCCUUGUCCGAGAUAUAGUCCAUACGAUCGCCCACUCCGCCGCCCACGACACCUUCCUCCCUUCUUGGUCACGACUGCCCUCACAAGCCUCGACCUUUUCCUGACUUGCUCUGCCCUAAUUUUCCAGGACGCUGGGAGACUCAUCACUAGUAUCGCUCCCUCUGUAAAGUCUACUUCGAGAUAUCAUCACUCAUUUUAUUUGGUGCCGAGACGUCCCUCAGCUGAUUUGCUGCGAGGGAGCUGUCGUCGUUGCAGCCCUACCCAGGCCAACUCUUCCCCCGGCCGCCAUGCGAUAAAGUAGGGCUUACCGCACCUGGUUUUCCACCGCUCGCUUCCUCUCAACUCGUCAUGUCGGCAGUUGAGAGUCCUCCGGUCGCGACAGCACCUCCAGACCCCCAAUCCAAUGAGCAGACAGACGCACCAGCACACGCACAGAGCGACGCACCGCCAAGCGCACUCGGGAAGGAUGGUCGAAGUGCAGAUGUGUCGCCUGGGCCCCAGACUGCGCCCGCGCCCACGCUCGCGGGCCCCCUCGACACGCCCCAGUCCCAGCCCAUGACUGCGACCGCGUCCACUUCCUCGUUACAGCCGCCCCUCGAGAAUGGAGACAAUUCAACCUCCGGUCCCUACGGUACACGCUCAAGAAAUCGGACAGGUGGCACUCGCCCAAACUACGCCGAGGACAAGGAGUUGGAUCUGGAAAUAGAGGCUUUGUCCAAGCCGAGUCGUUCGAGUAAGCGAUCUUCCGCCGCAGCGAGCGAGCUGCAGCUGCAGCAGCAGCAGCAGCAGCAGCAGCAGCAACAGCCCUCGAGUACGAGCUUUACGUCUGUCAAUAAGUCUCACUCCGACAAGCCCUCCGAAACCACACCUGCGGCCAAUGCGUCAACGCCCACUCCCGCUGCGGCUCCUGCACCCUCGAAGAAAAGAAAACAUCCCGGGAGCAAUCAUACCGUGGCCGCAACCUCAACGAUGGGCAGCCAUUCGCGCGCGAGACCUAUCGCCUCGGUCCCCUUCAAGGGCUAUGUUGAAACAAACAUGAUGAGUUUCAAACGCUGCGGAUACAAGUUGAAUGCAAAAAACCAGCUGGUUGCCGACGACGGCACCGCCGUCCAGGCCAACGACCACGUCUAUCUCAUCUGCGAACCUCCGGGAGAACCCUACUACCUUGCCCGCAUCAUGGAAUUCCUACACGCGAAGAAUGACCCCGAAGGUCCCAUCGAUUCCAUCCGAGUCAAUUGGUACUACCGCCCGAGAGAUAUCCUGCGAAGAGUCCAAGACACACGGGCUGUCUAUGCUUCAAUGCAUUCCGACACCUGUCCCCUCACCUCGCUGCGUGGGAAAUGCAACAUCAGCCACCUUUCAGAAAUAUCUAACAUGGACGAAUACCGUGGUCAGCAAGAUUCUUUUUGGUUUGACCGAUUGUAUGAUCGAUAUAUGCACCGAUUUUACGAGGUCAUUCCGACCAGUAGGGUCGUCAACGUCCCCCAACAUGUCAAGACUGUCCUGGAUCAACGCUGGAAAUUCGUCUUGGUCGAGACUGGCCGCGGUCGUGAUCUGACCAGUGAGAGCAAAAAGUGUACAAAGUGUGAACAGUUUGCCAGCAAUCACGACUCGGUCGACUGCGCAGUUUGCAAGCGGACAUAUCACAUGCAGUGCGUCCGGCCACCGCUCCUGAAAAAGCCUGCUCGAGGAUUUGCCUGGGCCUGUGCCCAUUGCAGCCGGGCACAGGAAAUCAAGAUGGACAGUCGCAACACGCCCGCAGGCUCAGAAGCCGGGCAUGGCGAGGAUGACGAUCCCAUGGACGAGGACGAAGAUGAUAAUCAUCCCAAGAGCCGAGACACUCGUGAGAGCAGCAUCGCACCGGAGCCUCAUCCACCGCCCACCAAGGAACAGAUUGCCCAAGCAAAUCUGUGGCCGUGGCGGUACCUUGGUGUUCAUUCACGUCCUGAAGAUGCGCUAGAUUAUGAUGACCGAAUAUAUCCUCGAGCAAGUUCCAGGUUGGGCCCUCGGCACCAAGCCAACGUCAAUGUGUGGCACGGCCGACCCGUUGAAUUGGUGAAGCCCGCCGAGAUCAAGCGGAAAUACUUGAAACAUGCGCAUCACAUCAAAGGUGGCAAGGGCGCCCAGGAUACCGGCACCGAUACCGACAGAGAUCAGAAGCUGAAACGCCCCAAGUGGGUAAUUGACGAGCCGGUUGGUUAUGUCCCUCGAGGCCAGGAUGAGCCGAUCGAAAUCAAGGGCAAAAAAGAGCACACUGCCCAAUUGCUUUUCAAGAUGCCUGAACCAGGACAACUCUCAGGAAGAGGCGGCGACGACAUCUCGCGACCUGUGGAUCCAGAGCAACUGGUGGACGAUUAUAUGACGAAGGUGAAACCAAUUGCAGCCAAAUACAAUCUGCUCGAUUCAUCUGUCGACUUUCUCACCAAAGCGAUCGAAAAGCUGCAGGAGAAUGACUACAAUGUCGAGAAAGCGUUGAAAGCCAUGACGGAACUCAGCUUGAAGGGCGACUUGAAACAGCCCGAGCUCUCCCGUGACGAAAUUAAGCGUUUCGAAGAAGGAGUGGCUAAGUUUGGGAGUGAGCUCCAUCAUGUUACUCGUCAUGUUGGGAAUGUCAAGGAAUCUCGGAUCGUUCGGUUCUACUAUAUGUGGAAGAAGACCGAAAGAGGUCGGCAGAUCUGGGGCAAUUUCGAGGGGCGACGUUCGAAGAAGGAAUCUAAACGACCGGACAAAGAGGGCAACGUGCCGAAACUCUUGGACGAUGUUGCCGAUGAUCAGGAUGACUCGGCUUUCGAUGACGAAAAGGCAGCCCAGAAGAAGCGAGGCUUUGUCUGCAAAUUUUGUGCGACUCACCAUUCUAGGCAAUGGCGACGUGCACCAGGGACACCACCCAACACGCUGGUCCCCAAGGAUCCCUCCGCGAAAAACAGCAAAGACAAGAGUGGGUGGCUCACUCUGGCGUUAUGUGGCCGAUGUGCCUAUCUUUGGCGCAAAUAUGCCGUUCAAUACGAGGAUAUUGAGGAAGUCUCGAAGAAGAUCGCAUCCUCGGGAAGUAGGGCAGCAAAACGGAAAGUGGACGAAGAACUCUUGCGUCUCAUUCUUGAGGCGCAUCAGAUGUCCGGCGAUUAUAUUUCCCCGCGAGCUGUUGAUGAGGUCAAUAAGGCUGGUCUGGAAGUGCCCCAGAAUAUCAUUCAACCUGAGGAACCUCCUAAGAAGAAGGGCAAGCUCGACAAAGAUGCCUCACAACCAACUCCAGAUGUCGUCCCGGAAAAGAAGAAGGCGUCCGAAAAACCGCCGGAACCCGUCGCGAUCGAGCCGGACCCGCCCAGGGUCAAGGUCCACCCCUGUGCCGUGUGUCGGGUUAUCGAAGCCCCUGGCUUGGAAUUACUCAAGUGCCGGGACUGCAGGCUUCAUGUACACGGUGCAUGCUAUGGGGUCGGGAAGAAGACGAACACUAAGCCAUGGUUCUGUGAUAUGUGCCGAAAUGACCACAACCUACAAGUCUCAACGACGUACGAAUGCGUUCUCUGUCCUGUCAAGUACACCGCCCAAGAGCUGAUGGAGCCUCUGAGAACAACCCACAAGAAGAAGAGCGAUCGGGAACGUGAAAAGGAACGCAUCGAAAAAGAGAUCAUACAGGAGGCGAGCCGAAGAUGGCGUAUGGAACAAGAAGCAGCAGGCCGUCCUGUGAACCCCCGUGAAGCUCUCAAGAGGACAGCCUGGAACAACUGGAUCCACAUUACCUGCGCUCUUUGGACCAAGGAGAUCAAAUUUGGCAACUCGGAGCUGCUUGAUGAUGCUGAAGGGGUGGGUUUCAUCCCUCCAGAGCGCUUUGAACCGAUCUGCAAGAUAUGCAAGGUCUCUGGUAUGCUCUCUGGUAUGCCUACGGUCAAAUGUCAUAUGCCCAGUUGCAAUGCCUACUUCCAUGUUGGCUGUGCACAUCAGGCAGAAUACACUUUUGGCUUCGAUGUGCAACCGGUCAAGAGCAGCAGACGCGACACGGCCAAUAUCAUGAAACUUGGUUCCGAGACUGGUAUUGUCACUGCAGGGAUCUGGUGCCCGUCUCAUGCUCCGAAUACUUGGGUCCACAGCAUGCUCGAGAUGACAGACACCGAACUGACGGCCAUGCAAUUGUUCGCUCGCACUUAUAAACAGGUUGACAGUACCGUUACAGGCACCGUUCGGCGCGCUGCGCAGUUUGUCACCAAUUUUGCGAGUUCUGCACCCGCGGUCCAGCCUCCUCAGCGGCGGGACAGCACCGUCAACGGGGCACCGAACGGCACCGUCGCUCAUAAUGAAAGAAACGGCGGCACGAGUCUUCGCAGCUCUCCAGCAGCUGCCGGAGCAGCAGAAUCAAUGUUGGAUUCAGACGUAGCACCGACCGAAUCAGCGGCGAACGAAAGCUCGAGGAAACGAAGCGUCGGUCAGAAAAAGUGCUGUACUUGUCUUGUGGAUGUCAGUCCCAGAUGGUGGCCCCUCCGGCAAGAACUCUCGCCGGCUCCCAACGGGACACCAAUGGAAUUGUCCACAGACCAACCUCAAGUGAAUGGUUCACGGGAUACUGUUGUACCCAAUGGCGCUGUUAAAGCUGAACCGGCCGACGGCACGACUCUCGGAGCAAUCGCUGGUAGCAAGGACCGCACCAUGUAUCAGUGCCACAAGUGUCAUGUUCUCAAGCGCACUCCCCCUUCGUCGCCAUCACAAGUUAAGCCUCGUGAGAAACCUAUUCCACUGGAUCCGCCCCCCGACACAUACAAACACCAGGCGCCGUAUGCUCCUCCACCCCCCAGCAUCUACGCGUUGAAUAGACCGCCAAUUGAAGGGACACCGCAUUCUCAUCCUCCACCCCUUCCUGCUCCAGCGUCUCAUUAUCCACCUUGGCAGGGUGGUCCUCCCCCCCAAUGGUCCUCCCCUGGAGUGCGAGCAGCGCGUCACCCUUCUCCGCCAGCAGCUCCGCCACUUUACGGUCAACCUAUGUACCGGCCGCCUCCUCCUCCGCCGCCACCACCACCAGCAGCGCCCGAAUACAGUCAAUCACACUAUGGCAGACCAGGGCAUCCUUCGCCAUAUGCCAGCGUACCACCUCCCCCACCACCCGGUCCAGGUUUGGUGCCUCAGCAUUCUCCUCCUUCGGCUGCCUAUGGGCAUCACCCUCCACCUCCUCUUCCUCCUCACCACCCUCAUCACGCUCAUCAUGCCAUUCCUCCGCCUUCGGUUCCACCACAAGUCACGCGCCCACCAUCUCCCCCACGAUAUAGCUCUGACCGGCCCCCUGUCCCGCCACCUCAUCUUGGACUGGGGCCUUCGAGUCUGUUGUCACGGGGGUAUCCUGAACCACCCCGUCCAUCAGGCCUCGGUUCUCCUGUGAAUGGGUACGCGGCUCCUCAUUCUUCUGCUUCGAGAAUGUAUGCUCAAGGUCCUCCUCCACCCCCACUUCCUCCACCGAUGAGACAAUCUCCGUCAGCACAGUCUCUGGCGCAAAUUGCUCAAGCGGCCGGCGAUCAGUCAGUGGGAAGGCCGCAUUCCAGGCAGGCGAGUGUUGAGAUGACAAACACACCCCGAUUUGGACCAAGGCCAGUCCCGGGGAGCCCACAACAGAGACCACUUACUCCCUCUACAGGGCCUGCCUUCACCAGAGACGAUAGGAGAGAUGGACUAGGAGCGAGUGCUAGUCCGAGUGUGAAGAAUCUGCUGUCCUAGAAAGAUGAAGAUAUCCAUGAAAAGAAGAGUGUCAAGAAUAAAACGGAUGGCUGGUGGAGUGUUUUUAUGAAUUCCGAGGAGGUCGAUUGAUUGUUGACUUUGUGUGAUAUUUGCAUUGAGCCCUUUGGACCGUGGAUACCGUGGUCAGCCAGGAAAGCCGGUUCUGUCCAGAAGUGGGUUUUCGAAUUGUGUUGUAUUAUAACCCCCUGGUGAAGGCAUUCAGUCCUAGAGCUGCAUAGAGCAGCUCUUCCUGAGGGGUCUCGGAUAUCGCAGCAAGAAAAUAGCGUUAUGUCCAAGCCACAGGCCGUGUAUUCAGCGUGACUGCGCUGUUUCUCCUGUACUGUUAGUCCGAAAAGUCAUCCUACGAAGACGAGAAAGGAUCCACGAGGAGGAUGAAAGAGGAGAACAAGAUAGAUUUGAGAAAAUGAAGAUUCAGAAUUU